ACUUUCGCCGUCGUCGCUUUUGCCGCCGUCGCCGCCAGCAUGUCUCUCUCAGCGACCAGAAUGCGCGUACCGUCCGCUUCAAAAGCGUCUUCGCCGACGCAAAUUAUCCGCUCCCGGUCCACGGUCGCAAGCACGAGCGCAUCCAUGCUCGAGGCCAAGUCAAGAGUACGGGAGCAUGCUAGGAACAUCAGCAGGUCCAGUGCUCGUGAGGCCACCGCUUCGAACUCGGUCCGGCCUUCACCUGCCCCAGGGUUCCAGCAGCUGCCCACGAGAAACAACGUUCCUUACUCCCCACCCUCUCUUCCUCCCCAUGUAGAAGGCCCCCUCGACCAUUCCUUCAUUGGCAUGUCCGGAGGCCAGAUCUUCCAUGAGAUGAUGGUCAGGCAUGGCGUGAAGCACAUCUUUGGAUACCCCGGCGGCGCCAUCCUUCCCGUCUUCGACGCGAUCUACAAUUCCCCGCAGUUUGAGUUCGUUCUCCCAAGACAUGAGCAGGGCGCUGGCCAUAUGGCAGAGGGCUACGCUCGCGUGACGGGCAAGCCCGGCGUCAUUAUAGUCACUUCCGGUCCGGGAACGACCAAUGUCAUCACCCCUAUGCAGGAUGCCCUCAGCGACGGUGUCCCUCUCAUUGUUUUCUCCGGCCAGGUGGCCACGUCCCUCAUCGGCUCCGACUCGUUCCAGGAGGCCGACGUUGUGGGUAUCUCAAGAGCAUGCACAAAAUGGAACGUCAUGGUCAAGGACAUCUCCGAGCUCCCUCGCCGCAUCAACGAAGCGUUCAAGAUCGCGACAUCAGGACGUCCAGGACCUGUCCUUGUCGACCUUCCCAAGGAUAUCACUGCAGGUAUCCUAAAAACCCCUCUGCCCUUCAAGGCUACCACCCCCGGUCGUCCGCUCGGUCUUCCCUCGAAUCCCCUGCUCCCCACCGACCAGUCAAUCGACCGAGCGUCCAUCGAGCAGGCAGCGAAGCUCAUCAAUCAGGCCAGGCGUCCCGUGAUCUACGCCGGCAACGGUGUACUUUCGUCACCUCUGGGUCCCAAGCUCCUGAAGCAGAUCGCGGAUGUGGGAAAUAUCCCUGUCACGACCACUCUCCAGGGUCUUGGUGCGUUCGACGAGCUCGACGAAAAGUCCCUGCACAUGCUCGGCAUGCACGGUUCGGCCUACGCCAACCUCGCCAUGCAGGAGGCGGACGUCAUCAUUGCCCUCGGUGCGAGGUUCGAUGACCGGGUGACCGGUAAGGUCGAUACUUUCGGCCCCGCUGCAAAGGCUGCUGCCCUCCAGGGUCGCGGAGGCAUCAUCCACUUCGAGAUCCAGCCCAAGAACGUCAACAAGAUCAUCGAAGCGAACAUCCCCAUCGUCGGCGAUGUCAUCGCGGGCAUGGCCGUCCUUGCGCCGCUCAUCGAGAGCCAGCCCCGCAAGGAGUGGUUCGACGACAUCCGCGAGUGGAAGGCCAAGUAUCCCUUCACGUACAACAAGAGCACCCCUGGGGCCCCGAUGAAACCGCAGGAGGUGAUUGAGGAGCUCGACAGACAGACGGCGCAUAUGAAGGAGGACGUGAUCAUCUCGACGGGCGUGGGCCAGCACCAGAUGUGGGCCGCCCAGCACUUCCGUUGGCGCACGCCGCUCUCAAUGGUCACUUCCGGCGGUCUUGGCACCAUGGGCUUCGGGUUACCCGCGGCCAUUGGUGCGAAGGUCGGCGCGCCGAAGAAGAUGGUUGUGGACAUCGACGGCGACGCGUCGUUCUCGAUGACGGCGAUGGAGCUCCAGACGGCGUCGCAGUUCGACAUUGGCGUGAAGGUGCUUGUGUUGAACAACGAGUUCCAGGGCAUGGUCCAGCAGUGGCAAGACCUCUUCUAUGACGGCCGUUACGCGCACACGCGUAUGGUCAACCCUGACUUCGUCGCUCUCGCUCGCGCGAUGAACGUCCACGCUAUCCGCUGUCACUCGGCGGAGGAGCUUCCUGCGAAGAUGAAGGAGUUCCUGGAGUACGAUGGCUCGAAGCCCGUGCUGAUGGAGUGUAUCAUCGACCGGACUGAGCACGUGUACCCCAUGGUCCCCGCUGGCAAGGCUCUUCACGAGCAGGUUGUUCAUCCGAAGCAUCGGGAAGCGUACGCGCAGGGUAAUCACGGCAAGCGGUAAAGCGUAAUCACCACGCUCUGCAUGCUACUCCAUUCCCGUACAUUUACUCUACUUCACUUCUUCACGCGUAUCACGCCCAUAGUCUCCUUGGGGACUACUGCCUUUGCUAACCGAGCAUUUACUUACAUCUUACCAUAUGUCGCGGUCGUCGUAUGGGUCGUGUUGGUUUUGCCAGGCUGGGAUGUCUUCCCCGCAUGCCUCGGUCGUUUAUUGGAGUUGGAAUCAAAGAAAAGUCCUUUGGGGACGUCAUGUACCUAGUAUCACGCAAUAUGGAAAAGGCCUCUAGGGGGCCGUUGGUUGUUGGUUUUGCUCUGAGCUCCAUCACGUUUGUGUACUGUAUAUGACGGCCAUGGUGGACACGACUAUAUAAUGCUUCACGACUAACCUUCCAUCAGAUCGCCCAUCCAUACAUCUUACAUUGCCUAGUGUACCUUCAACAAGCCCACUACUUCGUUUUGGCCUUGUCUUCUGUGUCCAUGAGGGCUUGAAUCAUUGCAGAACCAACCUUCGUCGCCUCCUCAAAUCGUGACUCGAAGAAUGCCGAAGUUUGCAUGAACCUCUGCUUGUACAGCUCGAAGUUUCCAAAGGAGAUGCACUGGCUCCAACCCCGCGCAGCGACGACGAACUCAAGGUCAUCCGACCGAUGCGUCGUCUCGUACAGCGCUGCGUGGAUAGCGGCGUCUAGACGUCUCUCCGAGCGGAAUAGGUACUCCGCGACUCCAAUCCAUAGCCGGAAGAUCGGCGUCGCCGCGAGGUCGAGGUGCACGAAGGGCUUGAUACCGAGGUGUGCCCAGCAGUCCACCAUUGCGAGAAGCGAAAGGUGCGAGUUCGGCGGCGGGUUCCCGCGCGACGUCGUAAUCGGGCUCGCGUUCUCCGCGGGCUUCUUCCCUAGACUGAACCGGUCAAGGAUAUCCUCCGAGAGGAGGAUGGGCGGGCGCACUGCGCCAUGUCCGUUCCCGUCCGCAGCGUUCUGGCGGUCUUGGAGGUACUCUCCGAAGACCUUCUCGCGGGCGUCGUAGAUGCGCGCGCGGAGGCCGGCGGCGUCGCACGCAAGCAUGAGCUUGAAGAUCUCGGUUGUCGAGCGCGCGAACUGGUCGAUCUGGACGCGCGCGGAGGGGUUGAGGAUGGCGAGGCCGGCGUAGACGUGCCACUUGUUGGAGUAGAUGCGGAGCAUGAUGUUCACUUUGACGGUCUCGAUCCCGCCGACAUACAUCCCAUGCUCCCAGGGGUAGGAGGCCGAGCAGUGCCAGGCGGUGCCCAUGGUAAGGAAGGCUGCGUGGGUGACUGCUUGGGUAUUCGCAGUUACGGUGUCGUGAUCUUCGUAGGAGAGGUAGACAUAGCGAGAGCGUAAGGGAGCAAGGAUAUGCUCGACCAGCUUGAGGGUGUCAUCCGUUGCGCGGUGUUGAAUGAGUACAAGGGGCUGCCCCACGGGCGAUACGGUAGGGCCGUGUAAGGAGUGGCAGGAGAGGAUUUUGACGUCUUCUGGCAGGUACGUUUCAAACGCCGCUUUCUCUGGGGCCUUUACUGAUGUCUGACCAGCUACUAUUGCACCCAUCUUGGUAGACGGUCCAUAUUCGGCGACGACUCGAUCAAUGUACUCUGCCUCCACAGAAUAAAUGAUGUAAUCCGAUAUCCGAGACACCAGGUGUCCAUCCUUCAAGACAUGUAUUCCGGGGAAACCCUCGUACUUCUUCUUCAGGUCGUCAUAUUUUGAAGGUAGAUCGCAUAUGUAGAUCUUUUUCCAUCCAGCUUCAGAGAAGCAUCGUGCAUACAUGUUGCCCAUAGCCCCCAUGCCAAUGAGCCCAAUUGCGGGCUGCUCCUCAAUAGGGGAGUCGGGAGUGACAUCUGGUCGUACCAGGUUCCCGAUGGCCAUCGCGCUGUUGAGUUACAACUCGAUAGGAGACCACUGUCGAUCCACGUCAAGUGGAGAGCGGGUGAGGACCCAGUGCCAGCGAAUCGUAAGGACUCGCGGAG